AUGGCGCCGAUAAGGGUCGUAAUCCACGGGGCCACGGGACGGAUGGGAACGGAAACGGUGGCCGCAGUGUGCCGCGAGGAAGACUUUACUCUGGUCGGGGCCACCUGUGGCCGGGAUCGGGGCGGUGUUUUGUCCUUGCCCAGUGGCGGAGAUGUACCCCUUUCCACCAACCUGGAAGAAGUGCUGACCAGUGCCAAGCCCGACGUGGUCGUGGACUUUACCAAUGCCGCCGUGUGCCGGGAUUCGGUGGCGGUGGCAGCGGCCCAUUCCUGCAACAUUGUAGUAGGGGUCAGCGGCCUGGUGGACGAGGACCUGCAGCGGCUUGACGCCCUGGCCAACGACAGCAACAUUGGCAUCGUCGUCGCCCCCAACUUUGCCCUGGGCGCGGUGGUGCUGAAGAAGCUGGUGGAGCAGGCAGCGCCCUUCUUCGACUAUGUGGACAUCAUUGAGGCCCACCACGAGGCCAAGAUAGACUCUCCCUCGGGCUUUGCCUUUGCUCUCGCCCAGGCCAUCGGGAACGAAAAACAGUUCACCCGCAACUACCCGGAGAAGGAGACGCUGGAAGGAACCCGGGGCGGCGAGUACAACGGCGUGUCGAUCCACAGCAUCCGGAUGCCAGGGCGCAGCGCCCACCACGAGGUGAUUUUCGGGGCCGCCGGACAGACCGUUUCCAUCCGUCACGAUACCCUUACGCGGGACUGCUACAUGCCCGGGGUAAUCCGGUGCAUCCGUGAAGUUGUUAGAACCGGGCUUGUGUAG